UGUUGUCACGAUUCCCAAUUGAAUGGUCCCAGUCUCUCCCUAAACCCAAUUGGAAGGGCAAGCCUUGCUUAUUGGUGCCCUAGAUUCUUUCUUCUAUCCGCACCCCAUUUCCAAUUUCAGUGCAAACCCAACUGUUGAAUUACCGUUUUUGGCUCGUUAAUUUCAAACUUCGCGCGAAACAUGCAAUCCGAAGGGAAAAAAGGUUCUUACAACCCGGCUGCGAGGCUUGCGUCUCUGGUGAGCAAGAGAGAGAAGCUUCAAGAAGAGCUUCAUAACAUUGAAAGACAGGAAGAAUUUUGUAUCAAAGAGGUUGAGGAAGGCUAAAAGAAAACUUGAUCAGAAACCCAAGGCUAUGGAUAGAGAUGAUUGGAGAGCUAGUGGGGUAUAUGAGUUGGAGACAAGCUACUUGCAAGAAUCUAGCCAUUUUGGCAAUGCCUUCAAAGGUUUUGAUGGUUUUCUUUCAGCAUCAAAAAACACAACAAACCUAAAGAGAUCCAGAAAGCUUCAGCCUGAAGAUAGGAUCUUCUCAUUGUCCUCGGUCACCUCACCUGUGGCAGAAGAACAGGGAGUUGGCCGAGAUGGUGGGCUCUUGUUAUUUGAUGGAAGAUCAGAUGUAGGUCAAGGUCGGGCCAAGGGCAGUGGCUUAGCCGCCAAUGGACAUUCUUUCUUAGGGGAAAACCAAAGAAAGGAAGAACAGGACCAAGAGAUGCAAAGAAAAUCAGGCUGUCGGGUGAUCCAGAUCCUGAUGAUGAAGAUGAUUCUUGAUUUGAGCUUGGGAUAACUGCACUCCCUUCUAACAUCUGUAGUUUAACCUGUAAGCAUAUCCUUAGCAGCAAGUUUAGGUUGUCCCAAAUAUCGAAUCUGUUUCCAGUUGCAGAGUCUUACCGUUAAUAGUGUGCUGAAGUACUCCUGUUAGAUUGACUGUAUUUUAUGUAAAUGUCUUUUUAGCUGUAUUCUUUAUUUAUUUCAUCAAUUGUCUCUGCCAGUGCUGUUGUAUUCUAGUUACUUUGGUUAUGUAAAUCCAUAUUGUAAAAGCAGUAAUCUUGUCAGCAAAUUUAUAUUUGUCAGAACCGAGUGAAUAGAUCUAGAGGCAGGAAAGGAACAAUUGGAGAUAUUUUUAUGAUAAAUUCUCUUUGAGUCCA